AUGUCAGCGUUUAUAUUGAUUUUAAUUUUUAUCGUGACCGUUUGCGACUCUUUGAGUAUAGGAGUUAAUCGAAAUGUGACGAAACGUGAUACAGACGUUAACUUUUUUCCCGAUUGGGUGCCCUUUAAGAACAAGCACGGCGAUGAGCUAGGAGAAUUUAUUGAUGUUGCUAAGCCUAAGCCAAAGAAGAGGUUGGCACCGCCAGUCAAUUUCAUAAUGAGAGCUGUUGCUGAUUCAGAAGCUGAUGAUUAUUAUGAUAAAAGUCAAGGUGGUGGUGAUAGCGAUGAUUACUAUGAGAAAAAGGAAUGGUCUGAUCAAAAUAGACCUGGCCAAAAAGUUGAUUCCAUUAAAUUAGUGAAUAAUACUAAUUUAUCAGAUAUAGAAGGAAUUGUAAAUAUAAUCACGAAACCUAGUGACAAUCCUGUUCUUAAGGCGCUAAAGCAGGGUAGGAAAUCCUCAAGACGCAAUAACGAUAAACCAAAGCGUGAAAACGAGGAAGAAUUUGUAGUUAAAAGGGACUCCGAAGACAGUGUGAGAGAAGUAAAUGAAAAUAAAGAAACCGUUUCAGAUUCGAAAAACGAAAAUGAAGAAACGAAUUCAGAUUCGAAAAAUGAGGAUACAUUGCAAGAGAAAAGCUUAGAAAAAAAUGAGGAAGAUACAGAAGAGAAAGAUGAAGAUGACGAUAAAAUUGAAAAUGAAGACAAAGGUAAAACUGACGACGACAGUGAAGGUACUGGUCAAAAAGAGGAAAACAAAGAAGUUUCAAAGAAAAAUGAUGACAAUGAGAGUGCUGAUUAUGAUGAAACCACUAUGGAAAACGAAAAAAAUGAACCUGAUAAAAAUGAUGUAGAAAAAAAUGAAAAAGAACGAGAAAAUGAGGAGAAAAAAGCAAAAAUACUCAAUAGUGUUGAUGAAUUAAAACAAAGACAUGCAGACGAACAGCGUUCAAUAUCAGAGAAGAUUAAAGAAGAAGAAAUGUUUGAAGAAGAAUUAGAGAGAGAAUUAGAAAGAACUGGAACAAAAAGACAUAGUAAUGAUAAAUAUGCCCACCCUGGCGCAAAAUGGAAAAAGAUUACAAAAGAUUACGAUGAUUUCGAAGAUCAAGAACCAUCGUUUAAGGAUAAAUAUAAAAUAAACCAGCUUAAAACAACAACAACUGCUACUACUACUACUAGAACAACAACUUCACCGAUAAAAACAACGAAACAAAGACGAAAGACAAAUAAAAUUGAAGAUGCUAAACUUUCCGUAUUUAGAAAUCCUAAUUUGUACACAGUGAAUGACGACGACGAUUAUUUAACAACAACUUCUAGACCAAAAAAGUCUAGGAUACGAAAGCCUGAAAAAUUCUCCUCUAAAUAUUCAGAUAGUGACAAUGUUAGAAUAUCACUAGUCCCGGUAGACACUGAUUCAAAAGAGGGAGAACCAACACUAUUCUUCCCAAAGAUGCGAAAAAACAAACGCAAAUUUAAGAUUAAGACAACAACACCCAUUCCCGAUAACACAGCUGAUUUCAGCGAGGAAAAAAUUAUUGACCGGAAAAAUAGACCUGCAUCUAGGACGGAUUCACAUACUGAAAGCAGUCCAUCUGCAUCGGAUGCAUAUUCAUCUGCAUCAAACACUGCACCAUCCGCGGAAACUGGUCCUUCGGCAGAUGACAGCGAUGCCGCUCAUGCUUCGACAGAGAAAAAAGAGAGCAAGAAAGAAGGAAACUAUCACCGUGAAACAGGCGGCGACAAGGAGCAUCACUCGGAACAUGAUGAAGAGCACGAAGAACAUGGGAGGAAAGCGUACGAGGGCGUCCACAAAGACACCAAGACCAACAAAGGUCACCACGAUAAGGAGGAACAUUUAGACAAGUAUGACGAUCACGGUGGUAUCGACAAGCGACACCACAAAGAAGAUGAUCACUAUGGCUCCCAUCACCACGAGGAACAUGGAAAGAAGCACGCCAAGUACGAGGAGUCUGGUAAACAUUCAAAAGGACACAGCACAAAAGGCAGCCAUGAUAUUCACAAAAAAGAUGAAUAUGAGAAGAAGGUAGAAUUCUUUGAAGAAGAAGGUGAUAUGGGCGAUGAAGAACUCGACGGUGGCUAUCACUCUGACAAAGAACAUUCGUCGGGUGGACAUUUCAAGAAGGACGAUCUACAAGCCGGUUACGAGGUAUUUGCUAAAGGCGAUAGGGGUGACUUCGCCAAAGGCGGUCAUGGACAUAACCAUCAGGGUCACGGAUCCUCAGGUGGUCAUGACUCUCACCACAAGCACGGCAAUAGACACUUUAAGGCCGAAGGUCGUGAUCAUGGUAAGAAAUGGGUCUACCACCACGGUCAUCCUGCCAAGACCGCUAACCUGGUCAUCAUAGACAGGCGAGCGGAUGCCUACCAGCACGGACCGCAAUACUAUGGAUAAUUAUAGAUUCAAAUUUUCAUAGAAAAUUAUUUGUCUUAGUUAAUUUCGAAGAUAUAAAGGAAUGUGCAAAGAUAAACACAUUAUGAUGUCACAACUCAUAGUUCAUCGCAAUCUUGUCUA